GCGCGUUUGCUAGCUACAUGCGUGGAUCGAGAGGACUUUGGAGUCAGAAGCAUUGCUACAGAAAUAAACAAAGGGUAACAACACCGAGCUGUUUCUAACAAGCGGGGGAAACGUUGCAAAUCCGAGAUGGAUGACGACGCAGUAGAUGUGGCGUCAGACAACAGUCUGCCUUUAGGAAUCGGGGCUUCCGCCUUCGGGAGUGAAAAUGGGGAUGAAGAGGACGACGUGAUUCCUCAGAGGACACUUCCAUUCACCCUCGGAUUCUCCAACCAUGUGGGACAAUACGUGGAGAGAGCAGAGUCCCCUGCAUCCAGUUAUGACUCCAUGCGGAGUGACAGCUGGUCAGAAACAAGAGAAGAGCACGAACCCUGCCGCACACAGGUUCAGUUGUGCAGACGGGACUCGUCUGCUUCUAGCAGUGAAGAGUUUAAUAGUGAUGAUGAGGACAUUAAUAUGGAGGGCAGUGCUGAAGAAAGCACACGGAAGAAGAGCAAGAAGGAAGGAGGUGUGAAACAACAAAAUGUUCCUGCUCCUGUAAAACCAGAGUUGGUAGUAGAUCCAAAUGAAAAAAGGCAUCCAGCAAUGACGGUGGAAUUUGCAUUUAAGGCCCUCACCAGCUGCCUAAAGAAACUUGCAGAUGAUGAAUUAAAGCACUUCAAAAAACUGCUGUGGGAUCGAUAUCCAGAGCGCUUCCGUGAUCCACUGGACGGACUUGAUCUUGUGGAUCUGGUGGAUAAGAUGCUGGAGCUUUGCGAUAUCGAGGUCUCUCUAAAGAUCACGCUGGCACUCUUUAAUAUCAUGAACUUUAAGAAGCUGGCUGAAUAUCUGCUAGGUCUAUGCAAAAGAAAUGAAGUGCGCUACGAGUUGAAAUUGACUCUGAAGAGGAAGUAUGAGAUAGUAUAUGAGGGUUUUAGUCAACAAGGACAACCAGUCCCCUUUGAGUCUGUCUAUACAGACCUUUACAUUACAGAUGGCGUUAAUGCAUCAAUCAACAGUGAGCAUGAGUUCAGAUCAAAGAUAGAACAGCUCUUAGAGACUGGCAAAGUGAACAGGAAGCCAUUAACUGGAAAUGACAUGUUUAUCCAGGAGAAUGUGAGGUCAAGGCCCAUAAGGGCGGUGUUAACCAGGGGGGUCCCAGGAUGUGGCAAAUCAUUUGCAGUGCAGCACUUCAUCCUCGACUGGGCAGAUGGAAAAGUCCACCAAGAUGUUUUCUUCCUCAUUCCUCUGCAGUUCAAGGAGCUGAAUAAAAUGCUUGAAGGAGAGUAUACUCUCCUGAGUCUAGUCAGCAUCCUCUAUCCAGAGAUGAAGGAAAUAGAUACUCUCGAUUUCGAGGGCUGCCUGGUAAUGUUCAUAUGUGAUGGCCUAGAUGACACUCAAAUCCCCUUUAAUUUCCGGAGAACGGCGUAUUGGUGUGAUGCGACCAGGCCUACGAGUGUGCAAGUGCUGAUCACCAACCUCGUCAGGGGGAACCUGCUCUAUGACGCCUACGUGUGGAUCAUUUCUAGGGCAGGAGCUCUGGAUGUGAUCCCACCAGAACACGUCCAGCAGCUUCUGGAGGUUCGUGGCUUCACCGAUGUUCAGAAAGAGACCUAUUUCAGGAAGACGGUCACAGAUCGAGACCUUGCUGAGAGGGUGAUUGCUCACAUCAAGUCUUCUAAGACGCUGUUUAUUAUGUGCCACUUGCCGCUGUUCUGCUGGGUGGCAUCUAAAGUGCUGCAGCAGCAGUUCCAGUCUCUUCAACCAUCGGCACAGCUGCCCAAAACUCUUACCAAUUUGUACACCAUUAUGCUGCAUGGUCAAACUCAAAUGUCCGUUGAGAAACUGCAGAACGACCCCACCGAAGACACCAAGGAUCUUACUGCUGAUCAGCUGCUCAUUAAGCUCGCAAAGCUGUCCUACAGCAUGCUUGAGAAGAAUGAGUUUAAGAUAGAGAAAGCGCACUGGGAUGACGUUGGAUUGCCGGAUUCGUACCCUGCUAUGGCCUGCACCGGUCUCUGUACAGAGUUUUACAGAGAGAAGUACAUGAUUUACACAGAGAAGGUGAGCUGCUUCGCUCAUCCGACCAUUCAGGAGUACCUCGCUGCUCUUCAUGUUUUCUAUUGUUUCAAGAAACAUGGGAAGAACAUCCUUGAGCAGAACAAGCUGAAGGUCUUGAAGGUUUCCCUGGCAGACUUACUCAGGAGUGCAGUUGACAAAGCAUUAAGCUCCAAGAAUAGCAACUAUGAUCUCUUUCUCCACUUUCUGCUGGGUUUGUCUGUGGAGGCCAACCAGGAGCUGCUCAAGAACAUCCUGCAGAUCUCUGCCAGCUCUAGCCAGAAUGCACGAGAGGAGACAACUCGCUACAUUAAUAAGAAAGUCAAAGAAGGCUACUUCCCGAAAAAGACUGAAAACCUUGGGCGGUGCAUUGAUGAACUUAACCCACAAUAACACUGAUGUGUUGGUUAAAAAGAGUCUCAUGAUGAACUUCUGAGAGUGAUGCUUUUGCGUUGUCUCAUCAUCUGAAAAUCAUCUGUGAAGAAUGUCUACCAUCCAGGUCUUGUAGUGUCAUCUGGACGCACUUUUCCAUCAGUAACAGACAAAUUCUGUUUAAACACUAUAAUAUUCAACAACAUUUUUUUGGACUGUUGUGUCAUUGCAUUGGGAUAUUGGUACUGCGGCUUUUGUAUUCAAUACAUAUUCAUAUCUACAUAAAAUGUAGAUUACUUCACACAGUUCAUAUUCCUAAAUUCUAAAGGGAACAUUGCUGUGAAAGUAUAUGCAUUUGAAGUGAUAGUAUUAAAUGGAAUUAUCAAACCUGAAACACUCGUCCAUAAAAUAAAGACCUUUUCAAAUGUCUUUUUGGUGCUUCAGCUCUUUUUAAAAUUCUUUAAUAUGUUUA